AUAUAUAUAUACACAAACACACAAAGACUAACUUCUCUUCUCUCUUUAGCUGAACAACUCACCUAAACUUCGUGAAAACUUAAAAUGUGCCAAAACUGACAGGAUUCUGUAUGAACCCAUUUCUUCUUUUUCUCCCUCUCCUAUACCAUUCAAAAUGCAGUUUCUCCGCUCAACAAUCAAAGCUCAAUCUUCAUCUUAUUUGAUUAACCUUCUUUUGAUCUCAUCUUCUCUAUGUAUCAUAUUUCUUUUUGUUUCAUUAUUCUUAGUAGGAUCUUACAGGACUUCAGAUUUGCUCUCCUCUUCUUCACAUAAUGUAUAUGCGCCAGUCAGUCUUGAGCAAAUUGUAUUUGGAAUUGCUUCUAACGAGAACUCCUGGCCAAAGAAGAAAGAAUAUGUCAAACUUUGGUGGAGACCCGAGAAGAUGCGAGGAUGUGUAUUCCUUGAAAGUAUGCCACCUGAUUCAGAUUCACAGAGUAAUGAUAGCACUUUUCUUCCGCCAAUUUGCAUCUCUGAGGACACUUCACGAUUUCGUUAUACUUAUAAAGGAGGUCUGCGAUCAGCAAUUCGAGUUGCGCGUGUUGUUCUAGAGACUGUUGCUCUUAAUCACUCAGAUGUGCGGUGGUAUGUUUUUGGUGAUGAUGACACAGUUUUCCUCCCUGAUAAUCUGGUGAAGACUCUGUCCAAGUAUGAUCAUGGACUCUGGUACUACAUCGGGUCAAAUUCAGAGAUUCAUGAACAGAACAGAUACUUCAGCUUUGAAAUGGCUUUUGGUGGAGCAGGUUUCGCCAUAAGUGCUCCUCUGGCCAAAGUUCUGGCUAAGGUUUUUGAUUCAUGCAUUGAGCGAUAUCCUCACCUUUAUGGAAGUGACGCUAGGAUAUACUCUUGCUUGGCAGAGCUUGGCAUAAGCCUCACCCGUGAGCCUGGCUUCCAUCAGUUUGAUGUUCGAGGCAAUCUCUUUGGCUUGUUGGCUUCACAUCCCACCGCGCCUCUGGUAUCAGUGCAUCACUUAGACCAUGUGGAAUCUAUCUUUCCUAACUUGACAAAAGUAAAGGCCCUGGAACAUUUAUUUGAAGCUGCAAAUGUUGAUCAGGGGAGAAUUUUGCAAAAAACCGUUUGCUAUGACCGAUGGUUUUCAUGGACUAUAUCUGUGUCCUGGGGUUAUGCUGUUCAGGUGUUUGGCAGGCACAUGAAUUUACCAGAUGUUCUUCCAGUGCAAGCGACAUUCCAGCAAUGGAAAAAGGGACAUCCUAAACCAGCUUAUACUUUUAAUACCAGAGAACUUCACCCUGACCCCUGCCAGAGACCCACAAUUUUCUUUUUGGAAAAUGUAACUUCUGGAAGUGAUGGAAUUAGGACCAGUUACAGGAAAUCAUAUGAGAAUUGUUCGCUCGACAUGGCUUCUCCAAGAAAACUUGAUGAAAUCAGAGUGCUUUCACACAAAUUAGAGCUUGACAUUGCUCAGUUACGGGCUCCUAGAAGGCACUGCUGUGAUGUUUUACCAUCUUCCGCUGGCCAAGUAAUGGAUAUUGCCAUCAGAGAAUGCAAAGAAGAAGAGUUAAUUCACAUGCAUUGAUAGCAACCGGAAAUUAAACAUAUGGGCGAUGCAAAAUAAUCUCUCUAGCUAGAUUUAAGAUUGUGGGAAUAUAAUUAUUUGCAUGUCAACAUACUCUUAUACCAAAUUAACAAUGUCCACUCGGUAUAGAAUGGUAGGAAAUGGGCAUCACGAAGCUAGGCUCUUGUGAAGGAAACUUGAGAUAAUAUAUAUUAUUGAAUCUGGCGAGAGAUUUGAUAUCUUGGUUAGUAAGUUGAAGAAAGACUAUUUCAUAUUAGUGUGAGUGUAAUUUACUCGAUUUGUAGCAUGUGAAGAAUAUUGUGAACCACACUAAGGAAGAAGAUGUAAUUAUUUUCUUGUGACAUUUGCCUAACACCAUAAAUAAGAAACUAAUAAAGCAAUGAUUUUACAAUUUA